AUGAGUCUCGACAGGCUGCUCCAUGGCGGCUGUAGCUGUGGCCGUAACACCUUCAUCAUCGAGAUGCCCCCCAAGGCAUCCGACACAGCCCAAGUGAUUUUUGAUGGCAACAAUUCCUUCCGCAUCUCGCCACUCGCAGCCCACCUUAGAGUACCCCUCGCCUGGUACCACUCCGCAACCCACGCCUUCUUCCCCGACGAAACGCACCCCGCCAUCCGCCGUGCCUACGCGCCCUCCUCCAGCUCACUCCGCCACUUCUGCGGCUUCUGCGGCUCGGACCUCGCGAUGUGGUCCGAGGCGCCAAGGGGAGAGGGGGAAUACAUCAGUCUCGCGCUCGGGUCGCUGGACCGAGGCGACCUCCACGACCUAGGCGAGCUGGGGCUGCUCCCACAAGAGGAGGCAGAGAAACGACUGAGCGUACGGCCCGAGGAGCCUGUAGCAACUCGAGCAGCACCGCGUGUUGGCGAGGGCCUGCCAUGGUUCGAGGCGAUGAUCGAGGGGAGUGCAUUGGGGAGGAUGAAGGUCCGGCGGGGGCUGGAGGAGAAGGAUGGGAGGAGGGUUGAGUGGGAGGUUGUGGAGUGGACGGAGGGCGGAGAGGAGGCGGAGGCCGAUUCCAGCGCGGGGGAGGUGGCCGCGGGCGGGAAGCGGAAACUAGAGGAUGAUCAUGCGGAUAUGGGGCGUCGAUAG